CCUGUUUGGGAUCGAAGCCAUUCGUGGCCACGGAAUUGGUGGAGGGUUCAGAGUCGUCACUCGCGGGAACCUCGCGCGCGAGACCCUUCAGGAUCUCAGCGGCCGCCUGGAAAGCGUCGUCUUCACCAGCCAUGGCGUCCUGUAACAAGCAGCACCGUCAACACCGCUUUUUUUUUUCUCACCACGGAUUUCACGCACGACGAGGCCCCAGGCAUCGAAGCCUGGGUCGACCCGACAAGGCCCGACAGGCAGCACAGGCCGGGCCAGGGAAAGGAAGCCGUACCAGACGGUGAAAACGGAAGCGAUUAG